GGAUUACGAACAUGCAGAUCCCGCCCUGGAUGAGUUUUACCAGGAUGAGAUUCACGUAGCUUGCGGAUUCAAGGCGUUCUCACUGCGGCAAAAGUCUGAGAGCAAGCUCAUCAAGAACAUGCGACGCCUGUAUGGAAAGCAUUUUUUGGUCAUCUUGGGUGAUUGGAGCGACGCUGGAAAAACCAUGCGCUUUCAGGAGUCAUCAAAGACCAAAGGAUUCCGCACACUCUUUGCAAGAAACAGCAUUCCAUGCUACUUGCUAGAUGAGUAUCGAACGUCCUCCCUGUGCCCAGACUGCCACGGGCGUGUGAAGAAAAACAUCCGACGCCCGCUGUCACCUCGGCCGUGGCAAGCUCGAAAGGGAAGAAUGGAAUUCGUCCAUGGAUUGGUGGGUUGCCCCAACCCCGAAUGUAUCAACCAAGACUGGACGCCAUUUGAGAUUCCUGGAAGACGACCACUACGACUAUGGAUGAGAGUGCACAAUCGGGACGUCCUAAGCACCAAGAAUUUCCUCUCGAUUGUGCGUUCGGUGGUGUUUGGCAAUGGCCGCAGACCAGACGCAUUCUCCCGUAACCGUAGGUAGUCUAGAUUUCACCCCAUCCCAUUUUCCGUGGUGGUUAUCUGCCAUCCACAUCAUUGUACCUCUGCCUGAGGCGUCGCCGAUGAUGGCAACUUGUACUGUAGGACUGGGGAAUGGGCGCACUUUCCCACGCCUAUAUAAAGAAGCUUGAAGCUGCAAGAGCCCCCAGCUUUAUCCCCCGUGUCCG